AUGCUGAGACAGCACGCGGGACAAAUUCUUGACGGCGGCGGCACACCCGACUGGGCUCGGGAGACGCAGGGGCGCGCCGCAGACCUCGACUUUUCCUGCGAUCGCACGGUGUCCAUCGGCUCCCUGGACACCGAGAGGGGCUUCAACGACGGAUUCCGGCAGGUGCACGGGCAGAUGCGGAGAAGGCGGCUGCCGGUCUCCGAGGCCGUGGCCCCGCUGCUGGAGGACUACGAGGUCCCCGGGUACAUCAUCAACCCGGACGAGUCCCGAUUUCUCCUCAGGUGGGACAUCUUCAUAGCCGUGCUGCUGGUCAUCGUGGCCAUCCUUGCCCCCUUCGAGACGGCCUUCCUAGAGGUGAACUUCGACGGGCUGUUCGUCAUCAACCACUUCAUCGACGUCGCGUUCGCCACGGACCUCGUGCUGCAGUUCUUCACCAUCCGCAAGGACGAGAACAACAAAGAUAUCGUCCGCCAUUGUGACAUCGCCAAGGCGUACCUCAAGGGCUGGUUCUGGGUCGACUUUAGCUCCAUCGUGCCCGUCGACGCGAUCAUGAUGCUCAUGGGCAGGAAGACCAACUCGGCGCUGGACUCGCUCCGGACGGUCAAGGUGGUCAGGCUCAUGCGGUUCCUGCGCCUGGUGCGGCUGCUGCGGCUCUCGAAGUUCCAGGUCAUCAUCGCCAGGUGGCACGCGAACGUCGGCAUGAGCUACGCGCUCCUGGCGGUGCUGAGGUUCGUCGUGUACAUCCUGGGGGUUAGCCACUGGAUGGCCUGCAUCUGGGGCUUCAUGGCCAUGCAGGUCCCCAGUGAUGCCACCUUGGACGAGGACCUCUCCUGGAUGGAGACCCUCCUGGGCGUCGAGCGCGCCGCCCGGACCAUGCAGAACCCCGCGAAGGCUGGCCGCCCAGCGUGGGCCUCGCCUCGCGCAGAGGUCUACAUCCUCAGCCUCUACUGGGCGGUCGCGACGCUGACCAGCAUUGGCUACGGUGACAUUGUACCCAACAGUCUCACCGAGCACACCAUCUGCAUUUGCUGCAUGCUGGUGAUGGCAAGCCUGUGGGCGUACACCAUCGGCGCCAUGUGCAGCGUCGUGUCGACGAUGCGCCCGCACGAAAACAUCUUCCGGCAGAACAUGGACGCGUUCAACGAGUUCAUGGAUGACUUCAACAUGCCCGUGGAGAUGAGGAAGAAGCUCAGGAGGUUCUUCUACGAGUCGAAGGACAUCAUGAGGCAGCGCGUGGAGAAGGCCACGAUCAUGCAGCUGUCGCCCGCCCUGCAGGGCGAGGUGCUGUACUAUCUGCACCACGACUGGCUCGAGAAGGUGUGGUACUUCCGGGGCCCAGGCGGCGACGGGGAGCUCCGCGGCGUCGGCGGCGUGGACCACGCCUUCAUCAUCGAGGCGGCCCGCUGCCUGGAGCUCAAGCUGCACGGGCCGAAGGAGGUCGUGGGCCGUGAGCGCACGCUGUUCAUCGUGCGCCGCGGCAUCUGCGUACGGAUGUCCUUCGAAGCCCACAUGGAGUCGAG